UUCGCCACCUCGUAUGCUAUAUAUUUGAGUCAGCCCACUGACGCAGUUGUCUAAUUUGGAGACUUGCUGCCCCUCUUCAACCAGGUUUCUUGCCCUUACGUUUCAAGCAAAUUUUCCACAAAACGUCGUCAUGCCUGGAUGCCAGUACUGUACGGAAGGUGUAACUCCUGAAGGCUGGAUUUGCACGAGGUGCAAAGGUCAGCAGACCAUCCCGGAAACUACCGCACCGAGUUCGACCUCAUCACCAAACCCCCAAAGUAAUGGUGAAAAGAACGAAACGCGCCAAAGAUCUUACAAGAGGCAGCAGAUGUAAAUUAUCGGGAGAUUGUGUAUGUCGUGAUUAUAGGGCCGGACCUACCUCAAUUCAAACGGUGUUGGUAUAAACCACACAUAUGAGGAUCCGUUAUGCAACAUGUACCAAUCCAAGCUAGCCGGAAGGGCUGCAGAUCAGCCAUCUCCGAGUAGACUGUUUUAUUGUGUAUAAUACUCCCGCCAUUGGGGCCAAUAUGAUACCCUUCAAGCUGAUGAAACUUAUGGCUCAGGUAGCAGAACUAAGCUCAAAUGCAAAUGUUCAGG